AGAUGGAUAAGACUGCAGGGGAUUUCAGGUUGUUACAACUGGUGGUAUCAUUUCUUCUGCAGCUGAAGGGAAGAAAACGCCUCCAUCAUGAGUACGGACGCAGAAAUGGCCAUUUAUGGCGCGGCUGCCGUUUACCUCCGGAAGCCAGAGAGGGAGAGGAUUUCGGCCCAGAGCUCGCCAUUCGAUGCGAAGACUGCUGCAUAUGUGGCUGAUGUUAAGGAACUGUACCUAAAGUGUACCAUCACUAAGAGGGAAGGUGCCAAAGUCACCGUCAGCAUUUUGACUACAAAGGAGGAGAGGACAGUCAAGGAGGACGAUGUCUAUCCCAUGAAUCCUCCCAAGUACGACAAAAUUGAGGACAUGGCCAUGAUGACCCAUCUCAAUGAAGCCUCUGUGUUGUAUAACCUCGCAGAGCGUUAUUCAGCAUGGAUGAUCUACACCUACUCUGGGCUGUUCUGUGCCACUGUAAACCCCUACAAGUGGCUCCCAGUGUACGAUCAGGCGUGUGUCAAUGCCUACAGAGGCAAGAAGCGUAUGGAGGCUCCACCCCACAUCUUCUCUGUCUCUGACAACGCCUUUCAGUUCAUGCUUACUGACAGAGAGAACCAGUCUGUCCUGAUCACUGGAGAAUCCGGUGCUGGAAAGACUGUGAACACCAAGCGUGUCAUCCAGUAUUUUGCUACCAUCGCAGUGAGUGGUGGAGGAGAUAAGCCGGCGGAUGCAGGCGCUGGAAAGAUAAAAGGGUCACUGGAGGACCAGAUCAUUGCAGCAAAUCCCCUGCUGGAGGCCUAUGGUAAUGCCAAGACUGUGAGAAAUGACAACUCCUCCCGUUUUGGUAAAUUCAUCAGAAUUCAUUUCCACGCAAACGGUAAACUAUCCAGUGCUGACAUUGAGACGUAUCUGCUGGAGAAGUCCAGAGUGUCAUUCCAGCUUCCCGAUGAGAGAGGCUAUCACAUCUUCUUCCAGAUGAUGACCAACCACAAACCUGAGAUCAUUGAAAUGACCCUCAUCACCACCAACCCCUACGACUUCCCCAUGUGCAGUCAGGGUCAGAUCACUGUGGCCAGCAUUGAUGACAACGAGGAGCUGGAUGCUACUGAUGCUGCUAUUGAUAUUUUGGGCUUCACUAAUGAGGACAAGGUGGCCAUCUAUAAGUUUACUGGUGCUGUGCUUCACCACGGUAACAUGAAGUUCAAGCAGAAGCAGCGUGAGGAGCAGGCUGAGCCAGAUGGCAAUGAAGAGGCCGACAAGAUUUGCUAUCUACUGUCUCUGAACUCUGCUGAUAUGCUCAAAGCUCUUUGCUACCCAAGAGUGAAGGUCGGAAAUGAGUAUGUCACCAAGGGACAGACUGUACCUCAGGUCAACAACUCAGUGAGUGCCCUGGCCAAGUCUAUCUAUGAGAGGCUCUUCUUGUGGAUGGUCAUCCGUAUCAACUCGAUGCUGGACACCAAACAAGCAAGACAAUUCUACAUUGGUGUGCUGGACAUUGCUGGUUUUGAGAUUUUUGAUUACAACAGCAUGGAGCAGCUGUGCAUCAACUUUACCAAUGAGAAACUGCAACAGUUCUUCAACCACACCAUGUUCGUCCUGGAGCAAGAGGAGUACAAGAAGGAGGGUAUCAUCUGGGAGUUCAUUGACUUUGGCAUGGACUUGGCUGCCUGCAUUGAGCUCAUUGAGAAGCCAAUGGGCAUCUUCUCCAUCCUUGAAGAGGAGUGCAUGUUCCCCAAGGCCUCAGACGUUACCUUCAAGAACAAGCUGUAUGACCAGCAUCUUGGCAAGACCAAAGCAUUUGAGAAGCCCAAGCCUGCAAAGGGCAAGGCUGAGGCCCACUUCUCCCUGGUGCACUAUGCUGGAAUAGUGGACUACAACGUCACUGGCUGGCUGGACAAGAACAAGGAUCCCCUGAAUGGCUCUGUUGUUCAGCUGUACGAGAAGUCCUCUAACAAACUCCUGCCUGUCCUGUACCCACCUGUAGUUGAAGAGGUUGGCGGUGCAAAGAAAGGAGGCAAGAAGAAGGGUGGCUCCAUGCAGACCGUGUCUUCACAGUUCAGGGAGAAUUUGGGCAAACUGAUGACCAACUUGAGGAGCACCCAUCCUCACUUUGUGCGUUGUCUGAUUCCCAAUGAGUCAAAGACUCCAGGACUCAUGGAGAACUUCCUGGUUAUCCACCAGCUGAGGUGUAACGGUGUACUGGAGGGCAUCAGAAUCUGCAGAAAGGGCUUCCCCAGCAGAAUCCUCUAUGCUGACUUCAAGCAGAGGUACAAAGUACUGAAUGCCAGUGUCAUUCCUGACGGUCAGUUUAUUGACAACAAGAAGGCUUCUGAGAAACUUCUUGGAUCCAUUGACGUACCUCAUGAUGAGUACAAAUUUGGACACACCAAGGUGUUCUUCAAAGCUGGUCUUCUGGGUACUCUUGAGGAGAUGCGAGAUGAGAAGCUGGCAGCUCUGGUCAAGAUGCUUCAGGCUCUAGCCAGAGGUUAUGUCAUGAGAAAGGAAUUCGUGAAGAUGAUGGAGAGGAGGGAAGCCAUCUACACUAUUCAGUACAACAUCCGCUCAUUCAUGAAUGUCAAACACUGGCCAUGGAUGAAGGUGUACUACAAGAUAAAGCCUCUUCUGAAGAGUGCUGAAACCGAGAAGGAGCUUGCCAAUAUGAAGGAAAACUAUGAUAAGAUGAAGACUGACUUGGCAGCUGCCCUGGCCAAGAAGAAGGAACUUGAGCAGAAGAUGGUUUCUCUCCUGCAGGAGAAGAAUGAUCUUGCACUGCAAAUGGCUUCUGAAGGAGACAAUCUGAAUGAUGCUGAAGAAAGGUGUGAAGGACUCAUCAAGAGUAAGAUCCAGCUGGAGGCCAAAGUCAAGGAGACGACUGAGAGAUUGGAGGAUGAGGAGGAAAUCAAUGCUGAGCUGACUGCCAAGAAGAGAAAACUGGAAGAUGAAUGCUCUGAACUCAAGAAGGACAUUGAUGACCUGGAGCUUACCUUGGCCAAAGUGGAGAAGGAGAAACAUGCCACUGAGAACAAGGUGAAGAACCUGACUGAGGAGAUGGCCUCUCAGGAUGAGAGCGUUGCUAAGCUGACAAAGGAGAAGAAAGCCCUCCAAGAGUCACAUCAGCAGACUCUUGAUGACCUGCAGGCAGAGGAAGACAAAGUCAACACUCUGACCAAGGCCAAGACCAAGCUUGAACAGCAAGUGGAUGAUCUUGAAGGUUCUCUGGAGCAAGAGAAGAAGCUCCGUAUGGACCUUGAGAGAUCCAAGAGAAAGCUUGAGGGUGAUCUGAAACUGGCUCAGGAAACUGUCAUGGAUCUUGAGAAUGACAAACAGCAGUCUGACGAGAAAAUCAAGAAGAAGGACUUUGAGACCAGCCAGCUUCUGAGCAAAAUUGAGGAUGAGCAGUCAUUGGGUGCUCAGCUUCAGAAAAAGAUCAAGGAGCUUCAGGCCCGUAUUGAGGAACUGGAGGAAGAGAUUGAGGCUGAGCGUGCUGCUCGUGCCAAGGUUGAGAAGCAGAGAGCUGAUCUCUCCAGGGAACUUGAAGAGAUCAGUGAGAGGCUUGAGGAAGCUGGUGGAGCCACUUCUGCUCAGAUUGAGAUGAACAAGAAGCGUGAAGCUGAGUUCCAGAAGCUGCGUCGUGACCUUGAGGAGUCCACCCUGCAGCAUGAAGCCACUGCUGCUGCUCUGCGUAAGAAGCAGGCUGACAGUGUAGCAGAGCUGGGAGAGCAGAUUGACAACCUCCAGCGUGUCAAGCAGAAGCUUGAGAAGGAGAAGAGCGAGUACAAGAUGGAGAUUGAUGACCUCUCCAGCAACAUGGAAGCUGUUUCUAAGGCCAAGGGAAAUCUGGAAAAAAUUUGCCGUACCCUUGAGGACCAACUCAGUGAAAUCAAGGCUAAGAGUGAUGAGAAUGCUCGCCAGGUCAAUGACAUCAGUGCCCAGAGAGCAAGACUGCUGACAGAAAAUGGUGAGUUUGGUCGACAGCUUGAGGAGAAGGAAGCUCUUGUCUCCCAGCUGACCAGAGGCAAGCAGGCCUUUACUCAGCAGGUUGAGGAGCUGAAGAGGCAAAAUGAGGAGGAAGUAAAAGCAAAGAAUUCUCUUGCUCAUGGUGUGCAAUCAGCCCGCCAUGACUGUGAUCUUCUGAGGGAGCAGUUUGAGGAGGAGCAGGAGGCCAAGGCUGAGCUACAGCGUGGAAUGUCCAAGGCCAACGGUGAGGUGGCUCAGUGGAGGAGCAAGUAUGAAACUGAUGCUAUCCAGCGCACUGAGGAGCUUGAGGAGUCCAAAAAAAAGCUUGCCCAGCGCCUUCAAGAGGCUGAGGAACAGAUUGAGGCUGUGAACUCCAAGUGUGCCUCUCUGGAGAAGACCAAACAGAGACUCCAGGGUGAGGUGGAGGACCUCAUGGUUGAUGUGGAGAGGGCCAACGGACUGGCAGCCAACCUAGACAAGAAGCAGAGGAACUUUGACAAGGUUUUGGCUGACUGGAAGCAGAAAUAUGAGGAGGGUCAGGCAGAGCUUGAAGGAAGUCUUAAAGAGGCUCGUUCUCUCAGCACUGAGCUUUUCAAGAUGAAGAACUCCUAUGAAGAAACUCUAGAUCAUCUGGAGACCAUGAAGCGUGAAAACAAAAACCUUCAACAGGAGAUUUCUGAUUUGACUGAACAAAUUGGUGAGACCGGAAAGAGCAUCCAUGAGCUGGAGAAAUCCAAGAAGCAGGUGGAGACAGAGAAGACUGAGAUCCAGUCAGCCCUUGAGGAAGCUGAGGGAACCCUGGAGCAUGAGGAAUCCAAGAUUCUGCGUGUCCAACUGGAGCUGAACCAGAUUAAGGGUGAGGUUGACAGGAAGCUGGCUGAAAAGGAUGAGGAGAUGGAGCAGAUCAAGAGGAACAGCCAGAGGGUCAUUGACUCCAUGCAGGCCACUCUUGACUCUGAGGUCAGGAGCAGGAAUGAUGCCCUGAGAAUCAAGAAGAAGAUGGAAGGAGACCUGAAUGAGAUGGAGAUCCAGCUGAGUCAUGCCAACCGCCAGGCUGCUGAGUCCCAGAAGCAGCUGAGAAAUGUUCAAGGACAACUGAAGGAUGCCCAACUGCAUCUUGAUGAUGCUGUCAGAGCUGCGGAAGACCUGAAGGAGCAGGCUGCCAUGGUGGAACGUAGGAACGGUCUCAUGGUGGCUGAAAUUGAGGAGCUGAGGGCAGCUCUGGAACAGACAGAGAGAGGCCGCAAAGUGGCUGAGCAAGAGCUGCUGGAUGCCAGCGAGCGUGUUGGACUGCUGCACUCUCAGAACACAAGCCUGUUGAACUCAAAGAAAAAGCUGGAAAGUGACCUGGUCCAAGUCCAGGGUGAGGUGGACGACAGUGUCCAGGAAGCCAGAAAUGCUGAAGAGAAGGCCAAGAAAGCCAUCACUGAUGCUGCCAUGAUGGCUGAGGAGCUGAAAAAAGAGCAGGAUACUAGUUCUCACCUUGAGAGGAUGAAGAAGAACCUGGAGGUCACAGUGAAAGACCUGCAGCAUCGCCUGGAUGAGGCUGAGAACCUGGCCAUGAAGGGUGGCAAGAAGCAGCUGCAGAAACUGGAGGCCAGAGUUCGCGAUCUGGAGUCAGAGGUUGAUAAUGAACAGAGGCGUGGAGCAGAAGCUAUAAAAGGUGUCCGCAAAUAUGAGAGGAGAGUCAAGGAACUCACCUACCAGGUAUGUCCAAUUUACAUCUCCAAAUAUGUUUAUUAUAGCAUUUUGAUCAUAGAUAAAGGCCACAUGAUGUGGAUUUUUUCACUUUCAAAUGUGCAUCAGACUGAGGAGGAUAAGAAGAAUGGCUGCAGACUUCAGGAUCUUGUUGACAAGCUGCAAAUGAAGGUGAAGGCUUACAAGAGACAGUCUGAGGAAGCGGAGGAGCAGGCCAACUCUUACCUGUCCAAGUGCAGGAAGGUUCAACAUGAGCUGGAGGAGGCUGAGGAACGUGCUGAUAUUGCUGAGACUCAGGUCAACAAGCUGAGGGCCAAGACCCGUGACUCUGGAAAGGGAAAGGAGACUGCUGAAUAAUUCCUCAUAUUUGAAACAUCAUUCAUACAAGUCAUAAAAUAUGGCUAAAUUGUGAAAAGAAAUCAAUAAACUAUAGAACAACUUUC